AUGACAGAGCAAACUCCUCAGCUCAUGAUAUUUCUGCAGUGGCGCUGGGUUGCGCUGCAGGGCCUCACCGUCCAGGAGAUCAAAGCUGGUGCCAGGUUUGGCACAAUGAUUUGCUGCCAGGUGGUUGCUCUUCUCUUGCUCUUCUUUCUUCCCAGUGCUGCUGCUGGUGACCUGGUUCCCGCUCUUGUUCCCCAGUCCACGCUCCAACUAGAAAGGUUCUUGUCACAGCCUGUCCCGGAGCUGACAACAUGCUGUGACAAUGCCCAUGCCCAGCGGGAGGCUGCCCUGGUCCUUCAGGACUUCCAGGAGUACCUCUCUUACGAGACAGUGUAUCCCAACGGCACCUGCACCCCCACCACAGUGGAAGUGAGCCCCCAUGCAAGUGGCAUGGAGAGGAGACAGUGGAGGCAGCAUGUGCGACUCAAGUGGCAGAUUUAUGGCACAGACAGGUGGUUUUCCAUCAGUGGGAACCACUUCCUGAUGAACUACCCCUCCUCUGCCACUGUCAAGAUCUCCAUGGGCUGCAUGGGCGUGCUCAUGUCCAAGUGGCAUGUCCUCACUGCCACCCACUGCAUUCACGACAGCAAAGACUAUGUGAAGGGGGCCGAGAAGAUCAAGGUGGGUUUCCUGACACCGGUGCAGGGUGCUGGCAACAGAAUGGGGAUGGGGAGGCUGGUGAUGCGCUGGGCUUGGGUGCAGCACAUGCAGAUGCCCAUGGGCUGGAUCUGGGGUCCCAACUCAGUCAGCGUGAACUACAACUAUGCCCUUUGGGAGCUGUGCAGGCCACGCCAGUGCCUGCACAUGAAGCUGAUGGCAGCUCUGGCAGCAGAGGAGAUGGCUGGGAAGAAGAUUAAUUUCUCGGGGUUUGACAGCGACCAGCUGGGCGAGCUGGUCUACUGCUGCUGUGGGGUGGAGGACAAGAUGGUCCGCCUCAUCUGCCAGCACUGCGAUGAGCCUGGUGCAUACAGCUCUGGGGUGUAUGGCAAAGUGUGGGACCCCAUAUGACACGAAUGGGAGAGGAAGGUGAUCAGGGUCUUCUCGGGCCACCAGUGGCUGGAAGUGGCUGGGGAGCACCAUGAUAAUAUUGCCAUUCGCCUGACCGCUCUAAAGUUUGCUCAGAUUUGUUACUGGAUCAAAGGGGACUCUAAAAGCUGUCACACUGAAUGAGAACCGCAGCCUGCCUCUUCUGCUCCCCAGUGCAGAUGGCUUUGAGUGUGGUGUACCUGAGCGAGAGUGUGGCCAAGAAGCCUGAAGAUGAGCAGUGUUUCCUGGCAAAACUGCUCCACUUUGUUCUCUCAUGGAGGUCAAGGGUCUCCACAGAUCACAAGGGAUCCAGCAGAAACUCACUGGAGUCCAAGUCCUGAUUCCCCAGGAAGUCUGAAGUGUGGUUUAAGUUCCUUUGGUUGGUGCUGGCAUGAACUCAGCAUCAGCGUUCUUUACAGAAAGAGCUUGGCCGUCAGCCAGGGAAAGUGGCCUCUGCUUCCAGCACGUUAACUGCUCAUGACUUGGAGAGGCAGCCGCAUGCUUGCUACUA